AUGUUCGCGUUUGAGGUGAUUAGGGCUUCUUGUAAGCUUAGAAGUAGGGAGCGCAUGCGAGUGGAAGUCAAAUGCAGAGAGGUGACCCUGGCCCUGCUGGUUGUCUGUGACUGUCCCUUCACAUACAGACAGAGUGACUGCCUUGGCUUUGAGGGUCAGGAGCUGAAUAUCCCAAACACACUCCCCCAUGGAGCCCUGGUGUCCCUUGGGACGCACUCCGGAGUGUGCCGGAGUGACAGAUGGACGGGUGCCUGCUGCCAGUUGCCGUCCACGGGCAAGCCUCGUGGGCCCUCGUGUUGUGUGCAUGGAGGGGCCUCGGAGGAGACGAGGGCUGCUCACAUCGGCGUCCUGAUGGGACAGAAGGCCUGCUACCUGCUGAGGGCCUUAGGAGGAGGGAGGCAUGAUGUACAGCUGGAGAAAUCCGAAGAACUUCAGAGAACUUGCAUUUUGAACAAGGCUUUGAAGGAGACUUUGGAUGUAAAGAAAUGGAUGAGGUCAGAGAUUUAUGGAAAGGGCAUUGCGGUGCUGCCGAAGACCGGAAGAGAAGUGAGCGAGAACAUCGCCAUCUUUUGGUUCCAUCGUAAUUGGGGUGAUUGUGUUAGUAAACAAGAUGUGCAGAUAGUUCAUGAGUUGUAUGGUGGAGGUGCUCGCAAGACGUAUUCAGUGGGCAUGACUCCCAAGAGCUCAUACCUCCCCAUUUUGGCCAUGCUCAAGCAGCAGCAAGGUGGACAGCCAUCUGCUCUGCAGCCGAGGGGUGGCAUCAGUUUUACUGAAGAUGGGGAGACCCCGUUCUACCUGCUGCCGUGCCUGCCUUACUCCAAAGCGAACGUUUGUCACUGCCACAGAACCAGCUUCCUAGAGUUUGAAGGAAGACCAGAUAUGGGCGUGCGGGAAGCGAUGGAAGGAUGUUUUCCAAUAUCUAAAACUAAAGGUGGUUGCCUCUUUGAUGAGCCACAUAGCGCAUGUGGAUAUAGUCAGGCCGAAGAUGAUGACUUCAACUGGGAGCAGGUGAACACCUUGACCAAACCAACUUCUGAUCCGUGGAUGCCCUCAGGUUCUUUCAUGUUGGUGAACACAUCUGGGAGACCUGAGGGGCAGAGGGCCCACCUUCUCUUACCUCAGCUCAAAGAAAAUGACACCCACUGUAUUGAUUUUCACUAUUUUGUAUCCAGCAAGAGUAAUGCUGCUCCUGGGUUACUCAAUGUCUACGUGAAGGUCAACAACGGAGCUUUGGGGAAUCCUAUCUGGAAUAUAUCUGGAGACCCUACCCGCACAUGGAACAGGGCAGAACUGGCCAUUAGUACUUUCUGGCCGAAUUUUUAUCAGGUGAUUUUUGAAGUGAUAACUUCUGGACAUCAAGGCUACCUCGCUAUUGAUGAAGUGAAGGUGUUAGGACAUCCAUGUACCCGAACUCCCCACUUCCUGCGGAUUCAGAACGUGGAAGUCAAUGCCGGCCAGUUUGCCACCUUCCAGUGCAGUGCCAUCGGCCGGACUGUGGCGGGCGACAGGCUCUGGUUGCAGGGCAUCGAUGUACGAGAUGCUCCUCUCAAGGAAAUAAAGGUGACUAGUUCCCGGCGAUUCAUAGCUUCAUUUAAUGUCGUGAAUACAACAAAACGGGACGCUGGAAAGUAUCGCUGCAUGAUUCGCACCGAAGGAGGUGUUGGAAUAUCAAACUACGCAGAAUUGGUAGUUAAAGAACCACCUGUUCCCAUCGCUCCUCCCCAGCUCGCCUCCGUGGGGGCAACCUACCUGUGGAUCCAACUCAAUGCCAACUCCAUCAAUGGGGACGGGCCCAUUGUUGCCCGAGAGGUGGAAUACUGCACGGCAAGCGGGAGCUGGAAUGACCGGCAGCCAGUGGAUUCCACGAGUUACAAAAUCGGGCACCUGGACCCGGAUACCGAGUAUGAGAUCAGCGUGCUGCUCACCAGACCCGGGGAGGGCGGCACUGGGUCUCCUGGGCCAGCUCUCCGGACAAGAACAAAGUGUGCUGAUCCCAUGCGUGGCCCAAGAAAACUGGAAGUGGUGGAAGUCAAGUCUCGACAAAUCACCAUCCGCUGGGAGCCAUUCGGAUAUAAUGUAACUCGCUGCCAUAGCUAUAAUCUCACGGUCCACUACUGUUACCAAGUGGGAGGGCAGGAGCAAGUGCGAGAAGAAGUAAGCUGGGACACAGAUAAUUCACACCCUCAACAUACGAUCACUAACCUCUCACCAUACACCAACGUCAGUGUGAAACUCAUCCUCAUGAAUCCCGAGGGACGGAAAGAAAGUCAAGAACUCAUAGUACAGACAGAUGAAGACUUGCCAGGCGCUGUUCCCACUGAAUCCAUCCAAGGAAGUACUUUUGAAGAGAAGAUAUUUCUUCAGUGGCGGGAACCGAUUCAAACAUAUGGUGUCAUCACAUUAUAUGAGAUCACCUACAAAGCUGUCAGUUCCUUUGACCCAGAAAUAGACUUAUCCAAUCAAAGUGGAAGAGUUUCAAAACUGGGAAAUGAAACCCAUUUUCUAUUCUUUGGACUGUAUCCGGGGACCACGUACUCCUUUACUAUCCGAGCUAGCACAGCUAAGGGAUUUGGACCUCCAGCAACAAAUCAGUUUACCACCAAAAUAUCAGCACCCUCUAUGCCGGCUUAUGAACUGGAGACCCCUUUGAAUCAAACGGACAACACAGUGACAGUCAUGCUGAAACCUGCACACAGCCGGGGCGCACCUGUCAGUGUCUAUCAAGUAGUUGUUGAGGAAGAACGACCUCGAAGAACUAAAAAGACAACCGAAAUCUUAAAGUGUUACCCCGUGCCAAUUCACUUCCAGAAUGCAUCAAUUCUGAACUCACAGUAUUACUUUGCUGCAGAAUUCCCAGCAAACAGUCUCCAAGCUGCUCAGCCUUUUACUAUUGGUGAUAAUAAGACAUACAACGGAUACUGGAACACUCCCCUUCUCCCCCAUAAAAGCUACAGAAUUUAUUUCCAAGCUGCUAGUAGAGCCAAUGGGGAAACCAAAAUAGACUGUGUCCGAGUGGCCACAAAAGCUGCGAUAAUCGUGACUCAGCUUACAACACCUUACAUUCGCAUCGCCCCUGCCGCAGGCGACGACCAGCUGACAGGAGCUGCCACCCCGAAGCCAGUUCCAGAACCCGAGAAGGAAACAGACCACACGGUCAAAAUUGCUGGAGUCAUUGCCGGCAUCUUGCUGUUCGUCAUUAUAUUCCUUGGAGUUGUGUUGGUAAUGAAGAAAAGGAAACUAGCCAAGAAGCGGAAGGAGACAAUGAGCAGCACCCGGCAGGAGAUGACCGUGAUGGUGAACUCAAUGGACAAGAGCUAUGCCGAGCAAGGCACCAACUGCGACGAGGCGUUCUCGUUCAUGGACACGCACAAUCUGAACGGGAGAUCUGUGUCUUCACCAUCAUCCUUCACAAUGAAAACGAAUACACUGAGCACAUCGGUGCCCAAUUCCUACUACCCAGACCCAUUUGUGCCAACUGCAAUUUUAGUGCCAAUAAAUGAUGAAAGCCACACGAUGGCCAGCGACACCAGCAGCCUGGUGCAGUCCCAUACUUACAAGAAGCGCGAGCCGGCCGACGUGCCCUACCAGACCGGGCAGCUUCACCCCGCCAUCCGCGUGGCAGACCUGCUCCAACACAUCACGCAGAUGAAGUGUGCCGAGGGUUACGGCUUCAAGGAGGAAUACGAGAGCUUCUUUGAAGGGCAGUCUGCACCAUGGGACUCCGCUAAGAAAGAUGAGAACAGAAUGAAGAACAGAUAUGGGAAUAUCAUUGCAUAUGAUCAUUCGCGGGUGAGACUACAGACCAUAGAAGGAGAUACCAACUCCGACUACAUCAAUGGAAAUUAUAUCGAUGGUUAUCAUCGACCCAAUCAUUAUAUCGCUACCCAAGGACCAAUGCAGGAGACCAUCUAUGACUUCUGGAGGAUGGUGUGGCACGAAAACACCGCAAGCAUCAUAAUGGUGACCAACCUCGUGGAAGUGGGAAGGGUCAAAUGCUGCAAAUACUGGCCAGAUGACACAGAGAUAUAUAAAGACAUUAAAGUGACCCUAAUAGAAACAGAACUACUGGCAGAAUAUGUGAUAAGAACGUUUGCUGUUGAAAAGGGAGGGGCCGGAAGUGAAGCAAACUGCAGUCCAUCCACAGAAGUGGCACAGAGAGGUGUUCAUGAAAUCCGAGAGAUCAGACAGUUUCACUUCACUGGCUGGCCAGAUCACGGGGUCCCCUAUCAUGCCACAGGGCUUCUGGGGUUCGUCCGGCAGGUCAAAUCCAAGAGCCCGCCCAACGCAGGCCCGUUGGUGGUGCACUGCAGUGCUGGUGCGGGGAGGACCGGCUGCUUCAUCGUCAUCGAUAUCAUGUUGGACAUGGCGGAAAGGGAAGGCGUGGUGGACAUCUAUAACUGCGUCCGGGAGCUGCGGUCACGGAGAGUGAACAUGGUGCAGACAGAGACCCUGAACAUGGUGACGCCCACACUGCGGGUGGAAGACUGCAGCAUCGCGCUUCUGCCCCGGAACCAUGAGAAGAACCGCUGCAUGGACAUCCUGCCCCCGGACCGCUGCCUGCCUUUCCUCAUCACCAUCGACGGGGAGAGUAGCAACUACAUCAACGCGGCCCUCAUGGACAGCUAUAAACAGCCUUCGGCUUUUAUAGUCACCCAGCAUCCUUUGCCAAACACGGUGAAAGACUUCUGGAGACUGGUCCUGGAUUAUCACUGCACGUCUGUGGUUAUGCUAAAUGAUGUGGAUCCUGCCCAGUUGUGUCCGCAGUACUGGCCAGAGAAUGGAGUUCACAGACAUGGCCCCAUCCAAGUGGAAUUUGUUUCUGCUGACUUAGAAGAAGACAUCAUCAGCAGGAUAUUCCGUAUUUAUAAUGCAGCCAGACCCCAAGAUGGAUACCGGAUGGUGCAGCAAUUCCAGUUCCUGGGCUGGCCCAUGUACAGGGACACGCCGGUGUCCAAGCGCUCCUUCUUGAAGCUCAUUCGCCAGGUGGACAAGUGGCAGGAGGAAUACAACGGGGGCGAAGGCCGCACGGUUGUGCACUGCUUGAACGGGGGAGGCCGCAGCGGGACGUUCUGCGCCAUCAGCAUCGUCUGUGAGAUGCUCCGGCACCAGAGGACGGUCGACGUCUUCCACGCCGUGAAGACGCUGAGGAACAACAAGCCCAACAUGGUGGACCUCCUGGAUCAGUACAAGUUCUGCUACGAGGUGGCCCUGGAAUACUUGAAUUCUGGCUGA